AUGCAGUCCAGUCUGUUAGCGAUCAAAACUCUGCGCAGAUUACUCGUUGCUGGCUAUGAAUUUCCGAACCGGGAGUCGGACGUGCAUCAGUUUUGGCAGCUUACCUACGCCCAAGUGGGCGCUUCCAUGAAUCUCAUCUCCGCAAAAGCAGCCACACUUCCCGAAGAGCUCGGAGUUUUGUUGGAAAAGCAUCUGCUUCAGUUGUCGAAGUUGCACCUGGAGAUGGCCAAGGCCCAUCCUGCGGCUUUUGUGCUUUUGCCAAACUCUCUUGACCUUGUUCGUUCAUAUUGGGCCCUCAUUAAGCAGUUUGGAGAGACUUUUGGCUCUAGUUUGACCGCUGGUGUGUCCAGUGGAGGUGACAGCGAGCAGAAGCCGUUCCAGGAGAAGGUCUCCCUCUCUGGUCUCAAAAUUGUGCGUGCCUGUAUCAAGAUGGUGUUCAACCCCGUUCAAUCCUUCAAGUACAAGCAUCCGCAGGACAAGGUUGAGAAGACAGAAGCAAUUGCUGCUGUCAAGGAGCACCUCUUAACAGAUGCUUUUGUGACUGAAGUCAUGGAAGUCGUUAUCACUAAGUUCUUCGUCUUCCGACAAGGCGAGCUUCAGGUAUGGGAAGAAGACCCGGAAGAGUGGGAGCAGAGUUUGGAGGGCGAGAGCGAAGGAUGGGAGUAUAGCGUUCGACCUUGCGCUGAGAAGUUGUUCUUGGACCUUGCUCUCAACUUCAGAGACUUGUUGACGCAACCGCUACUCAAUGUUUUCUACACUGUUGCAGGUAUGUCGUCAAGCGUGUCAUACGCCAUCAGAGACUCCAAAGAGCAUAUCUUACUGACAUGUCGUNNAGCGCCGGAUAACGAGGAUAUCCUUUUCAAGGACUCGGUAUACACAGCAAUUGGCUUGGCUGCUGCAAUCCUGCAACAGCAUCUCGAUUUCGAUUCUUUCUUGUCUAACACAAUCGUUGUCGAAGUGCAAAAACAAAAGCCUGGUUUCAACAUUCUGCGUCGCCGUAUUGCAAUUCUCUUGGGUCAAUGGAUUACCGUCAAGGUCUCCGCAGAAAAGAGACCCCUGGUUUACCAAAUCUUCCAGCAUCUGCUCGACCCAAGUGACUCCUGCAAUGAUCAGGUUGUCAGAAUAACCGCCGGACGACAGCUCAAGCACAUAGUGGAUGAUUGGGAGUUCAGUCCAGAGCAGUUCUUGCCUCAUGUUCAGACGACGAUGUCACAGUUGUUGAGUCUCAUCGAAGAGGUUGAAAACAUGGAGACGAAGAUGGCGUUGCUCAACACGAUUAGUGUUCUGGUUGAGCGAUUGGAACACCAUGUAAGUGUGAUUCAUACAUGA